AUGUGGUUUCGUCUCUCAUAUUCUCCUCAACUUUUCUUAUUGCAUUGUCAAACAAUCAGGACGUUGAUUGUUGAUGAGGCCAUUUCUGUUGGUGAAAAGAUAGUUGGUUUGCAAAUUAUAUACACAUCUUGCCUUGUUGAUGGGUGCAAAUCGGACCUCAGCAAAUGCAGGGACUAUCACAGACGCCACAAGGUUUGUGAGCUCCAUUCAAAGACCCCGAGGGUUACGAUCGGAGGUCAGGAACUGCGUUUCUGCCAGCAGUGCAGCAGGUUCCAUUCCUUGGUGGAGUUUGACGAGGAAAAACGAAGCUGUAGAAAACGACUUGAUGGACACAACAGACGCAGAAGGAAGCCUCAACCAGAAACUUUUCCCACGAAUUCAGGAGGAUUCCUCUCCAGCUACCAAGGUACAAGAUUCUCACCAUUCCCCAGUCCACAUAUAUUUCCAAGUUCUGCAAUGAGCGCUGCUUUGGCUAUAGCUGGAGCUGCAAAAUCCGAGAGCGACAUGGCGCUAUAUAGUAGCCAUACGCAGUCAAGUGGCACGAGGAAAAACCACCCUUUUACUGGAUCUUUGAGCCAUAGUUAUAGUGGAGCAAAGGAACUCUCAUUUUUACAAGGCUCAAGUUGCAGCCUCCCACUAGCUGCCACGUCCCAACCCCUUGUGGACUCAAAUCCUGCAUUGAGCAACUCAUCUGGCCACAGCCGAAAGAUCUACUCUCAGUGGUUAUACCGAGACAACGACAACGAUGAAUCCAAUUGUGCUCUCUCUCUUCUGUCAUCCACGCCAACUGAUACUUGUAAAGAGAUUUGUUUGAGCAACAUGGUGCAGCAGUCCAAUUCCGCAGCCACAAGGCGGGCUCAGCACUCGAUCCCCAGCCUGCACUACCGUGGUUUAGGAAUGGUGAGUGAACCACUUGUACCUUCUGCCCUGGCUUUAGAUUACAGUGCAAGUGAUGAUCUCCAUUGCCAGCAAAUGUUUCGAAUUUGGCCUGACGGAUCUUCAUCUCGCGGUCAUCACCAUACUUCUCCUCGUGGUAGCCAUAUACUGUGA